UGCCUGGGCUCUGAUUGUAGAGCCUGGCAGCCACCUGGUGUUUACAACUGAAGUCGGCUGCAUGCAGCACUCCUUGGAGCUAUCUCUACCCUAACGGGGAAAUGAGACAAAAAUAAUUGAAGGGUAUUUGGCUUGGUUAAGUGGGCAGAAGUGUCCUCAUCAAAACAACUUUGAAGACCUGCUUUGUGUGUGGGUGCGAGUGGGUGUGUGGCCCUUAACUUGUUCACAAGGGACAACAACAAGGAAUUAACCAAGCUUUCUCAUUGAGAGUGAUCAUCCAGGCAAACCCUCUAUUUUAGUUACUCAUACGACACUGUUGCAGCUUCAGGUUGGACAGACCUGUUUUGGAGUCCCUUGACUGCUUUCUGGACACCCUCACUGAGCCAGUCGGUGGAAGUGAAGGAUGAGUGAUUUUGAAGAAUGGAUUUCUGGGACGUAUAGAAAAAUGGAAGAAGGUCCUCUCCCUUUGUUGACUUUUGCUACAGCUCCCUACCACGAUCAGAAACCAGGAACAAGUGGAUUACGGAAGAAAACCUAUUAUUUUGAGGAAAAGCCAUGCUAUCUGGAGAAUUUCAUUCAGAGUAUAUUCUUUUCCAUAGACCUAAAAGAUCGCCAGGGAUCAUCACUGGUGGUUGGUGGAGAUGGGCGGUAUUUUAAUAAAUCAGCCAUAGAAACGAUAGUGCAGAUGGCAGCUGCCAAUGGGAUUGGUCGCUUGGUUAUUGGACAGAAUGGAAUCCUCUCCACCCCUGCUGUAUCCUGCAUCAUUAGAAAAAUCAAAGCCAUUGGUGGGAUCAUUCUGACAGCCAGCCACAACCCAGGGGGCCCCAAUGGAGAUUUUGGAAUCAAAUUCAAUAUUUCUAAUGGAGGUCCUGCUCCAGAAGCAAUAACUGAUAAAAUUUUCCAAAUCAGCAAGACAAUUGAAGAAUAUGCAAUUUGCCCUGACCUGAAAGUAGACCUUGGUGUUCUCGGAAAGCAGCAGUUUGACUUGGAAAAUAAGUUCAAACCCUUCACAGUGGAAAUUGUGGAUUCGGUGGAAGCAUAUGCUACAAUGCUGAGAAACAUCUUUGAUUUCAGUGCACUGAAAGAACUACUUUCUGGGCCAAACCGACUGAAGAUCCGUAUUGAUGCUAUGCAUGGAGUUGUGGGACCGUAUGUAAAGAAGAUCCUCUGUGAAGAACUCGGUGCCCCUGCAAACUCAGCAGUUAACUGCGUUCCUCUGGAGGACUUUGGAGGCCACCACCCUGACCCCAACCUCACCUAUGCAGCUGACCUGGUGGAGACCAUGAAGUCAGGAGAGCAUGAUUUUGGGGCUGCCUUUGAUGGAGAUGGGGAUCGAAACAUGAUUCUGGGCAAGCAUGGGUUCUUUGUGAACCCUUCAGACUCUGUGGCUGUCAUUGCUGCCAACAUCUUCAGCAUUCCGUAUUUCCAGCAGACCGGGGUCCGUGGCUUUGCACGGAGCAUGCCCACGAGUGGUGCCCUGGACCGGGUGGCUAAUGCUACAAAGAUCGCUUUGUAUGAGACCCCAACUGGCUGGAAGUUUUUUGGGAAUUUGAUGGAUGCGAGCAAACUGUCCCUUUGUGGGGAGGAGAGCUUCGGGACUGGUUCUGACCACAUCCGUGAGAAAGAUGGACUGUGGGCUGUCCUUGCCUGGCUCUCCAUCCUAGCCACCCGCAAGCAGAGUGUGGAGGACAUUCUCAAAGAUCAUUGGCAAAAGUAUGGCCGGAAUUUCUUCACCAGGUAUGAUUACGAGGAGGUGGAAGCUGAGGGUGCAAACAAAAUGAUGAAGGACUUGGAGGCCCUGAUGUUUGAUCGCUCCUUUGUGGGGAAGCAGUUCUCAGCAAAUGACAAAGUUUACACCGUGGAGAAGGCCGAUAACUUUGAAUACAGCGACCCCGUGGAUGGAAGCAUUUCAAGAAAUCAGGGCUUGCGGCUCAUUUUCACAGAUGGUUCUCGAAUCAUCUUCCGACUGAGCGGCACUGGGAGUGCAGGGGCCACCAUUCGGCUGUACAUUGAUAGCUAUGAGAAGGAUGUUGCUAAGAUUAACCAGGACCCUCAGGUCAUGUUGGCCCCCCUUAUUUCCAUUGCUCUCAAAGUGUCCCAGCUGCAGGAGAGGACGGGACGCAGUGCACCCACCGUCAUCACCUAAGAAGACAGGCCAGAUGUGGUACGUCCCUCCACCCCCAGACCCAUCCAAGUCAUCUGAUUGAAGAGCAUGACAGAAACAAAAUGUAUUCACCAAGCUUUUUAGGAUUUGACUUUUCCACUAACCAGUUGACGAGCAGUGCAUUUGCAAGGCACUGCCAAAGAAGAUGCCCUUGGGAGCUAUGAGGGAAAGAGGACCUGCUGGCUUAGAUCAAUCUCAAUUCCUUUUCAUGCCCUUCUGCAUUGCUGCUGUGUGGGUAUUUGUCUCCUUAGCAUCAGGUACAGUUUACACUACAAUGUAAGGUGCAGAUGGAGCAUCAGCAGCGAGCAAGGCCAUUCUUCAUCCUUAGGAUGUGGCAAUGAAAUGACGGUGCAAAUUCCUUUCUCUUUCGUGAAUCUUUCCCCCCAUUUCCUGUUUACAUGUAACCCAACAAAAUGCAAUUUCUGGUGCCUUCUGUCCAAUCAGUUUUUUCCUCUGAGUGAGACGUACUUGGCUACAGAUUUCUGCCUUGUUUUGCGACAUUGUCCCAUUCGCACAGAUAUUUUGGGAUAAUAAAGGAAAAUAAGCUACAA